AUGGCAGCAGCUUACGCAACUCUAGUUUCUGCUAUGAAUAUCAUCAACAACCUUCACCAUCAUCCCCGCCCUCCUAUUUCUCUCCCCAAUCAACAAGUUGAACCUCUCACUCAAAAAAUUAACUUCCUGCUUGAAUUUCUCCAAGGCUAUAACCCCCAUAGUGACUACUGCAAAGAAGCGGAUCCAUUGGAGUCUCGCAUUGCAGAUGCAGCUUAUGCGGCCGAAUACGCCAUUGAAUCUCAUAUUUUCGAUCAAUUCACAAAUAAUGGAGAAAAUAUGAGUUAUGAUUGCUUCUAUGAAGCUCUGGAGAAGGUGAUAAAAGACAUGGCUUCUAUCGAAGAGGAGGCGAAAAAAAUUCAAGGGAGAGUUGGAGUCCAACAUCAGCUGCACAAAAAGUCAACGCCUUCGGAUUCCUCGAGUUCUUCUUCGAUCCCGCAGCAGAGUAGCAUGGUGGGUGCUGAUGAGGUCAAGCUUCAAAUGAUGCAUAAGCUCACUUCUCAUUGCCGUGAUCUACAAAUCACUUCCAUUGUAGGGAUGGGCGGCUCGGGUAAGACCACUCUUGCUAGAAAUAUUUAUGAGGAACGCCUUAUUAAGGAGCAUUUUGAUAUUUGUGCGUGGACUACCGUCUCUCAAGAAUAUGUCAUUAAAGAAAUUUUUGCAGUAGUUCUUCGUCAGUUAAAUAUAGGAGUUGAUGACAAUUUGAGUGAGGAUGAAUUAGGAGGAAAGUUGUAUAGGCAUCUGUAUGGUAGAAGAUACCUAAUUAUAAUGGAUGAUAUGUGGAGCAUUGAUGCAUGGGAUAGAGUUAGGAAUUAUUUUCCAACUAACGAAAAUGGUAGCAGAAUAGUGGUAACAACUAGGCUAUUGGAUUUGGCUUCUACAUUAUCCAACUCUAAUAGCCUUAGGAUGAAACUUUUGGAUGAGGCUGAAAGUUGGGAGCUUCUCUCCAAAACUGUGUUUGGGGAAGAAGGUUGCCCUUGUGAAUUGGAGGAAAUCGGAAAAAAGAUUGGAGAAAGCUGCAAAGGACUUCCAUUGUCAAUUGUUGUGGUGGGAGGUCUUUUGGCCAAGUCGAAACCUACAAGAGAGUAUUGGGAAGACAUAGGGGAAAACUUGAAUGCAAGUGUUAAUUUAGAGGAUGAUGAACGUUGCUUGAAAAUAUUAUACAUGAGUUACAAGCAAUUGCCAAUACAUUUGAAACCAUGUUUUCUCUAUAUGGGAGUUUUUCCCGAAGAUGAAGAGAUUAGUACGUCAGAGCUCAGUAGAUAUUGGAUUGCGGAAGGAUUUGUGAAAGCAAUAAGUGGGAAAAGUUUGGAAGAGAUAGCGAAAGAGUAUUUAAAAGACCUUAUUGGUAGAAAUCUUGUUUUAAGGAGUACCAGUAAAUGGGAAAGAAGUACUGCCAAAUUCAUGACUUGUUGAGAGACUUGUGCUUGAGAGAGACUGAAAAAGAAAGGUUUUAUAAUAAUGCCUCAGAUAAUGUAGCCAUAAGCAUCUUGCCGCCUAUGUCACAAGCUCGUUUUUUGACGUGGAAUGUUGGACAAAAACUAUCACCUCUCAAUAUGAGCUUGUUGAGGAUAGUGAAAUCAACUAGAUUCAAUUAUGUGCUCCAAAAAAAUUUAUUUGGACACAUGGAUCAAUUAGUUAACUCACGGUUCCUUCAAAUAGGUUUUUUCAGAAUGAGAAAGGGGAAUUUUCCUUGUUCAAUAUGGCGAUUUUGGAAUCUACAAACACUAAUUGUUUACACCCACGAUGAGGUUACUGCGCCACCUGAUUUUUGGUACAUGCCUCACAUCAGGCAUGUUGAGUUCAAGUAUGGGCUUCGUCUCACAGAUCCUCCUAACGACCAAGGUGACAUUGUUUUGGGAAAUCUGCAAAGGCUGGGAACAGUAUUAGAUUUCAAGUGUAGCGAACAAGUGGUCAAAAAAAUUCCCAAUAUAAAAAAAUUGGUUUUUUCUAAUUGUGAUGAUGAGAUGUAUUGUUUGAGCAAUCUCGAUUGUCUAGCUAAACUUGAGUCCUUGGAUUGCACUUUUUCUGGAAAGUGUGUAAUCAACUUUCCCCAUUCACUCGAGAGUCUAGUUCUUCGUAACAAAAGAUCGAGUUAUUGGUGGGAAGACAUAUUGGAUAGGGUAGGUAUGUUGCCCCAUCUUCAGGAGCUCACACUCGAGUGGGGGAAGUUCAAGGGAGGGAAGUGGGAAACAACUGAAAGCCAAUUUCGCAACCUCAAAUUCUUGACUCUUGAUUGUAGUUAUAAUCUAGAAAUCUGGGAAAUUGAAAGCUCCCACUUUCCAUGCCUUGAGCGCCUUCAUCUUAUUGAACUAAAUGAGUUGCGGGAAAUCCCUUUAGAUUUCGCUGAAAUACCCACACUUAGAGAAAUUUUUGUGGACCGUUGCAGCGAUUCAGCUGUGGUUUCUGCUAAAAGAAUAUCAGAGGAACACGAAGACUAUUACGGGGAAGGAGCCCUUCAAGUUCACGUUGACCUCCCGACAAAUAGAGAUGCAGGACUACUGGAGAGCUUGGAUAGUCCUAACUUUCGUAUUAAACGUGUUUCAUGAGAAUCACUACUACUAAGGUAGUGUGCGGGGAAAGCGCACAGCACAUAAUGAAUCCAUUUAUGCUGUGCAUAACUGAAAUACAAGUGGAAGAUAAUGAGACUUCGGCUCGUGGCCACUUUCUCCACCCAUAUUUGGGCUGAGUUCAAUGUUGCAGCUGUUGUUUCACUCUUCCAUUCUAGUAGGCAUGGAUCAACUCAAACAAGACACACAGUUAGUUACCAGGAUUCGACUUAUCCUGCGUGGUAUACACUAUACAGGUCCGAUUCACUCACAUCCAUCGAGAGGGCAACCACCCAACAGAUUUUAUGGCUCGCCUUGGACAUGAUGUUUCAGUGAUUUCUUGUUUGAUGCUUCCACUACUCCUAGGUUGAAGUUGAAGCAUUGGCUGUUCAAGGAAGGAAGAUAGAUUUAGUGAUGAGGCAAGUGUAGAAGCUUGAGUUUACUAGUAUGAAUUGCACCAUUUUUCAUUACCUAGCUGUAUUAUUUCUUGCUUAUCUCUUUCAAAGAAAGAGGACUUAAUUAUGAUAGAGGUGUAUAUAAAAGUUUAGAAUACUUCAUACUGUUAGGUUGCUUCAAAUACAUAUGGAACUGGGAUUAACAUGAUUUGCUUUGUUGAUUUUCUCCAAGCAUGGCACUUUGGGAUUUUGCUAGCUGAAGCUUUUAUUUGGUCAAAUUUUAUUUUCCAGUCUCUGUUACUGCUGUCAUUCUUGUGAGCUCUCCACGCCCAUAGUUUAAUGAUCUAUUUCAGCCUAUGGAAACAAUGAUAUCCUUAAUUAAUUUAAUAACACCUAUGAUUAUGACUUUAUCAACCUUGAAAAGAGUAAGAAAAUUUAUUGGAUAAACAGUUCCAUCUGCUAGAUUGUAGGACAUGAUUGAAUAAGUAAAAAUGUGUUCAAAUCAUCUAUGAAUCUGAUGGCCGCCAUUAAACUCUGUUUUCAUGAUUAUGAUGCUCUCGGAGAAAGUAACGACCAUGAAUGAAGUUAUGUCAUGCGAUUAUGAGAAAAAUCUUUCGUUCCGUUAUGAGAAGCUGGGAAUGGAAGUCUUUGUAAAGCUGAGAUUAUUAGUUUUUGUUUUGUUUUAUUUAUUAAAAGGUAAAGACGAACUUUUAAUUAUUUCUUGUUUGAUUUUGACGAUUGAUGAUCUUUUCUUUUUAUUUUUUGUUUGCGUUCAGCGGCAAUUCGCUAUCACUUGUAAUUUCAAUGUAGUCAUCAAACUUUUUCUUGGAUACUCUUCUUUUUUCUUUUGUGGUUCAAUAGACUCUAA